AUGCAGCCAAGCCACGGCAGACUGAAGGGGCAGGACUCGCUUGAAAACAAGGUCUUUGGCGUUGCUUACUUCGUAAAACAGAGCGUUACGGUAAUGAUGCUGUGGGCACGCGGACUUUCUCGCCGGAGAAGGCUGAGAGCCGGACGCGAUGGAAUGGCCCCAACACCGGGCCGGGGCCGGAGUAGGGUUUACCAAGGCGGCCCCCAAGAUAAUUCAGAAAACGCAGUAACUUCGAAAAGAGAGACACCAUGUAUCUCCAUCCUUCUGAAGCAUGAAUUGCUAGAUGACGGUAAGUUUCUCUCGGCUCCUCCAAAGGGGCAAAACACUACGCUCACGCAUUCGCCCGGGCGGAUCUCCAGGGACUCUUCAGUGAGAAGAGCUACCAAUGCGGGCCAUUCCAGCAAUAAGACAUUUGCCCUCGAACUAGAUCCAGGCGUACCAACCAUGGAGCGGUAUAUCUCCAAGCCUGGAGCUACUGCAACGCCCGCUCCUCAAGCCACCAUUUGGGCCUAG